AUGUCCGCCGCCGGCCCCGCGGCCGAGGCCGAGGGCGCCCCCGCGCAGCCCGCGGCCGAGAAGGAGCCCGAAAUGCCGGACCCCAAAGAGGAAAGUGAGGACGACGACGAGGACGACGACGAGGAGGAGGACGAUGAGGAGGAAGAAAAAGAAAAGAGUCUCAUUGUGGAAGGCAAGAGGGAAAAGAAGAAAGUAGAAAGGUUGACAAUGCAAGUCUCUUCUUUACAAAGAGAGCCAUUUACAAUUGCACAAGGAAAGGGGCAAAAACUUUGUGAAAUUGAAAGGAUACAUUUCUUUCUCAGUAAAAAGAAAACAGAUGAACUUAGAAAUCUGCAUAAACUGCUUUACAACAGACCGGGCACAGUGUCCUCAUUAAAGAAGAAUGUGGGUCAGUUCAGUGGCUUUCCAUUUGAAAAAGGAAGUAUCCAGUAUAAAAAGAAGGAAGAAAUGUUGAAAAAAUUUAGAAAUGCCAUGUUAAAGAGCAUCUGCGAAGUUCUUGAUUUGGAGCGAUCAGGUGUAAAUAGUGAAUUGGUGAAGAGGAUCUUGAAUUUCUUAAUGCAUCCAAAGCCUUCUGGCAAACCAUUACCAAAAUCUAAAAAAACUUCUAGCAAAAGCAACAAAAAGGAACGGAACAGUUCUGGAAUGGCAAGGAAAACUAAACGAACCAAAUGUCCUGAAAUUCUGUCAGAUGAAUCUAGCAGUGAUGAAGAUGAAGAGAAAACCAAGGAAGAGUCUUCAGAUGAUGAAGAUAAAGAAAGUGAAGAGGAGCCACCAAAAAAGACAUCUAAAAAAGAGACACCGAAACAGAAAGCCACUCCGAAAAGUAAAAAAUCUGUAAAAAGUGCUAAUGUAAAAAAGGCGGAUAGCAGCACCACCAAGAAGAAUCAAAACAGUUCCAAAAAAGAAAGUGAAUCUGAGGAUAGUUCAGAUGAUGAGCCUUUAAUUAAAAAAUUGAAGAAACCUCCUACAGAUGAAGAGUUGAAAGAAACAGUAAAGAAAUUACUGGCCAAUGCUAACUUGGAGGAAGUCACAAUGAAGCAGAUUUGCAAAGAGGUUUAUGAAAAUUAUCCUGCCUAUGAUUUAACUGAAAGAAAAGAUUUCAUAAAAACAACUGUUAAAGAGCUAAUUUCUUGAGAGCGAGGACAGAUGACUUGUUCCAUGGAUUUAAGGAUCUGAUUUAUACCAUUAUACCAGCAGAGAGAAUGUAUUUCCUUUUUUUAAAUCUUUGCAAGCAUUGUGUUGGUCGAGCUUACUGCGGACCUUUUUAUCUUGAGUGUUAUGUAAAUUUGAGUUUGCCUUUUAAAAUUGCAUAUCUAUGCAGUUUUUAGUUUAAAAUUUUGCAUGGCGGUAAUUGUUCCUUGCUUUUAUAGUCAUAUUUUGUACAUUUCGGAUUUCUUUAUAUAAGGUCAUAGAUUAUUGAAUUGUUGUAGUUUUUAGUGCACUUAAUAUUAGCUAAAGACAUACUUUUAAUCAAGUAGUACACAAACUAUUGUAACUUGGCAUUUAUACAUGCAGAGAUUAUCGCAGUAUUUAGUAUAUGAAAUAUUUUGAAUACACAUCUCUGUCAGUGUAAAACUCAAUGGCGGUGUGUUCAUCAUGUUUAAAAUAGCCAGGCUUCAGCUGCCCAGAUGACUAAAUCGGAACUUUUCUCCUGCAUGUGUAUAUAUGUCAAAUUGUCAGCAUGUCAAAAGUGACAGAUGUUAUUUUUGUAUUUUUAAAAACAAAUCUGUUGUAUAUAAAGUUUUUUAAUUUCUUUUGUGCAGAUCAAUUUUUAAACUCACAGCUAGGAUACCCUUACAGUUAUAAAACCAUGACAUAUCAGUGUUCAGCCAGAAGGUGUGACAGACAGAGCAGCGAAAGUCAGGAUUCAGUGAAGGAAACACUGACAGAACAGUUCUCUGCUUUGCUUGGAAAGUGUCAAUUUAUAGUUUUAGUGAUUAACUCUGCAACAGUGUCUGUAGAUAACAUUUUGUAUUUAAGGUAGACCAAAAUCAACACAUCAAAAAGUACAUGUUUUUGGAGUGGGAUUAAAUAUAAGCACAUUUGGCUUAUGAGAAGUGAAUUGAUUUUUAUUAACUGCUUUUGCCCGUGUAAAAUGCUGAUGUUUAUAGAAAACUUGGCCACCUUUGUAAUGAUAAAAGUAGCCAGUGUAAUUGUAGAAGAUAUGUGGGCAAUAAUGGGUAUCUCUGACAAAAUAUUUCUCAAAAAUGAUAAUAUACUUGUAACAUUGAAGAAAUUUAAUGUGUUUCUGGAAUUGGGGCUGUUGGGGUUUAAAUUACGGCCAAUCAGGACUCUAGGUGAUCAGCAUACGGACCACUCCUUCCUGAGCGUAAUUCUUUUACAUUGUCUUAAUCAGUUUAUUAAAUAAUCUGAAUUUUAAAAUAAAACAUGCAGCUUAUGAGAGUAUUAGGCUUUUGAUAAACCAGUUGGGUGCUUAAAAUAUCUUUGCAUCAUAGAACAGAAAUACAAAAAUGAGAUAAAUGUUGACUGUUAGAAAUUUUCACAGGUUUGACUUGUUUCUUGAUUUCAGGUUAAGACCUUAGAGUUAUAUUACAGACUAAGCAACUAAGAAAGAACUAGGAAUUGGCCUAUGAUUUUAAAUAUAUAAUUUGUUCCUAUAAACCUUGUCAAUAAAAGUAAUAAAUCAAUG